CUUGGACUUGCCCAAGUGGUGCCUCGCGCCCCAAAGUCUGAGAGGUUGAUUGCGCUCGUUCAGCCACCAGCUAGCAGAAAAUGCUCAGCCGACGGAUGCUGACGAAGGAGGAGGAGGAGGCCAUGGGGGACGAGGUCGAGGUCCGUCGCGAGGACCAAGACAAGAUCAACAAGUUCAGCCGCCUGCACCAGCGGGAACUAGUAAUAGAAGAGGAGCUCAAAGUGAAGAAUAAAGAGAAGGAAGAGCUCGACGACAUCACGACAGAGCUAGAGCUGGCCGACGAGGACGACACCGUUCCAUACAAGAUUGGGGACGCCUUCUUUCACAUCCCACUACCGCAAGCCCAAGAAAUGCUCGGGGUCUCGACGGCGAAGUUAGAAGAGGAGAUUGGAGAACUAGAGGAAAAGUUGGGCAACAUUCGGGAAGAAAUGACGCAGCUGAAGGUGGAACUGUACGCAAGAUUUGGGAAAACUAUCAACCUCGAGACUUGAUCACACCAAUCAACCGCCGUUUCCCACUUGGCCAAGCUCAGGGACGACCCUAAGGCCGAAGCUUCCUAGCCCAGAUAUUCUUCGGAUGGCGGAGAGCGACCAAGAGUCUGCUGGAUGCAAGGAGCUGUUGUCAACGAUUUUGGUUUGCCAACGGUCAAACACCGUCACGCCCCAUUUUGUCAGCGUCUCCGUUCCUGAUCUACCAUGGGACGCCUUUGCAGUGGCUCACCAAACCAUGAGUGGUCGCGACCUUCUUGUAAUACCUUCCAACAUAGCCUUGGGCUAUCUAGAACAUCCUGGAUAGCUUGAAUCCAACGACGAGGGACUCUUUGUCGCCAUCUAACUCACAGG